AUGGCUUUGUACACCGCCGUCAAAAUCGUGAACUCCGUACACUUUUACAACCUGAACGUGUCCUCUAUGCCCGCCGACGGGUCCUUCAUGGCGUUGGUCUUCACCGCGAACAUCCUGGCCAAGUGCUUGGCGUCUAUAGCGCUUCAGAUAAUAUUGAUCGUGCACCGCUUCGAGCUGGCCGCACUGGUGGAGUGUCUGCUCGGCUUCACUAAAUGGCACGCACCGUCCCUCCGUUCAUGGCGUGGCAUGACACUGGUGCUCAUGGGAUACUGGUCAAGCUCCUUCAUCCUGCCGUACUUGAGCGUCGCAGACCUUCACCCGGAUGGCAUGACGAGCAAGGCGGUGUCCUACGGCCUGGGCGAUAUGAUUCCCACUUUCCAAAUGUCGCUGUCCGAGAGUGCGUUCGCUGCCGUGCUGGCCGCCUGCGCGUUCCUCGGCCGGGACACGGCCGAUGACAUCCAGAAGCAGGUCCGCGCCCUGGCCAGGCAAGCCCACUGA